AUGCACCGCCCCCUCUCCCUUCGGUGUGUUGCAGCCUAUGGGAUCAACAGCAUCCUCUACCAGCGGGGCAUCUACCCCCCCGAGACCUUCACCCGCGUCCAGAAGUACGGGCUCACCCUCCUCGUCACCACCGACCCCGAGCUGAAGAACUACCUCAACAACGUGGUGGAGCAGAUGAAAGAGUGGCUUUACAAGUGCAUCGUGCAGCGCCUGGUGGUGGUCAUCUCCAGCAUCGAGAGCAACGAAGUCCUGGAGCGGUGGCAGUUUGACAUAGAGUGUGACAAAGCUGUGAAGGAGGAGAGUGCACCACGAGAAAAAUCUCAGAAAGCUAUUCAGGAUGAAAUUCGAUCUGUUAUCAGACAAAUAACUGCCACAGUAACUUUUCUGCCACUGUUGGAAGCUGCCUGUGCCUUUGACUUGCUGAUAUACACAGAUAAAGAUUUGGCAGUGCCAGAAAAGUGGGAAGAGUCAGGACCACAAUUCAUAGCCAAUUCAGAAGAGGUUCGUCUUCGUUCCUUCACUACUACAAUCCACAAAGUAAACAGUAUGGUGGCUUACAAAAAGGAUUCCUUCCCCUAAGAUACUGGGGGAGUUUGCAUAUAUCCUGUCACCUUGUAGUUUCUGUUCAUAGUGCAGCUCAGUCAAGAAAACACAUCACUACCAUUGCUCUUGCUGAAGUAUGAUACAG